AUGAAUCACAAAAACUCUUCCAUCGACAAUGUCGACAAGGAGAAGGACCGGAUCAACGACAUGAAUGCUUCAGAUACCAGCAUAUCUGUCGAGAAAGAGUCGUCACCAGCGGCUGUUGUGAAUACUGAACAACCAACCACCGACGUCAUCCCUGCGACUGAACCACCCCCAGCACCAAAUGGUGGCUAUGGUUGGGUUUGUGUCGCUUGUGUAGCUAUCAUCAAUGCUCAUACAUGGGGACUGAACUCCUCUUACGGUGUGUUUCUCGCAUACUAUCUGGCCAACGACGUCUUCCCUGGAGCCACUUAUCUGGAAUUCGCCUUCGUUGGAUCAUUGUCAAUUGCGUGUGCAUUGCUCGUCUCACCAGUGGCUACAAUCUUUACUCGCAAGUUCGGGACCAAGACAACGCUGUUUACCGGGGUAGCAUUCGAGACUGCAAGUUUGAUCGGGGCAAGUUUUGCGAGUCAGAUAUGGCAACUGUUCCUUAGUCAAGGUGUCUGCUUCGGCUUUGGCAUGGGAUUCUUGUUUGUUGGAUCCGUGGGUAUUGUGCCUCAGUGGUUCACCACGAAAAGAAGUUUGGCGAAUGGUAUUGCUACUGCCGGGUCUGGUUUGGGAGGUUUGGUCUACUCGUUGGCGACUGGUGCAAUGAUUCCCAGUAUUGGAUUGCCAUGGGCCUUCCGGGUACUGGGAAUCAUUGCAUGUGUGGUCAAUGGUUUCGGUUGGUUCAGUAUGCUGGCAUAUGUGGUCUUGCUCUUCAGUUUAGCCAAUUUCGCCCGCAGCGUCGGUCUCACAGCAACUCAAGCCUCUACCGUCUCGGCUAUCUUCAAUCUCGGUCAGGCUAUUGGUCGUCCACCUAUAGGAUAUUUUAGUGACAACAUUGGUCGCAUCAACAUGGCUACUCUCAUGACUUUCAUCUCUGGCCUCUUUGCCCUCGUCAUCUGGACAAAUGCAAAAAGUUUUGGCGUUCUCAUCUUCUACGCUAUCUUUGGUGGCUCGGUCGCAGGAACAUUCUGGACGACCAUUGCCCCCGUCACUGCCGAGGUCGUCGGUCUGCGCAACGUCCCCGCUGCGUUGAACAUCUGCUGGCUGGUUCUCGUCAUUCCUUGCACAUUUUCAGAGCCCAUUGGUCUGGAGAUUGUAUCGUUCGAUGGUGGGUAUUUGGGAGCACAGCUCUUCACUGGAUUCAUGUACGUUGGCGCAGCUGUGUGUGCUCUGUUCCUGAGAAGCUGGAAGAUUGCCGAAGUGGACGAGAUCGAGAGUCUACAGGAUGUUGGAGAUGUAAAUGCUGUGGCUAUCGAGACGAAAGUGGCCGAGAGUUGCCAGCCAUACUCAAAAACCUCUACGCUACAAUGCGCAUUCGCCGCACGCAUCUUGAACUACGAUGAUAAGCUCGAAAACAGGUCCUUCAGGACCGCUGACAGCAGCUACAUUACGAUCUUCGGUUCCACACAAGACCAAGUAUCCGCUUGCGAAUCCGCUCCAAACAUUGUGACCAUUCCGUCAGAUACACGCUACAACAAAGUAGAAAAGUAA